UCAGUCGUGUUUUUCUGACGGCAUGACGACGCCUUCUUGACAGAGAGAGCGAGAGAGCGAGAGAGAGAGAGAGAGAGAGAGAGGGAGAGAAAUCCUCUCCUCAGUUUCCACGGUGACGGCAUCCCUCCUCCAUCAUCUCUACGUCCGUCCAGCUGCUCAGCGUCUCCAGGAUGGGAGAUAAAGGAACACGAGUGUUUAAGAAAGCCAGUCCCAAUGGAAAGCUUACCGUCUAUUUGGGGAAGAGAGACUUUGUGGACCACGUGGACCUGGUGGAGCCCGUCGACGGCGUCGUCCUGAUCGACCCCGAGUACCUGAAGGAGAGGAAAGUGUUUGUGACUCUGACGUGUGCGUUCCGGUAUGGCCGCGAGGAUCUGGACGUCCUGGGUUUGACGUUUCGUAAAGAUCUGUUUGUGGCGAACGUGCAGGCGUUUCCUCCGCCGGCCGAAGAGAAGAAGAGUCUGACUCGUCUGCAGGAACGACUGAUCAAAAAACUGGGAGAACACGCCCACCCGUUCACCUUCCAGAUUCCUCUGAACCUACCGUGCUCCGUCACCCUGCAGCCGGGCCCCGAGGACACCGGGAAGGCCUGCGGAGUCGACUUCGAGGUGAAAGCUUUCUGUGCAGAAAACGUUGAAGAAAAGAUCCAUAAAAGGAACUCGGUGCGUCUGGUGAUCCGGAAGGUGCAGUAUGCUCCGGAGAAACCCGGUCCUCAGCCGACGGCAGAAACCACCAGACAGUUCCUGAUGUCGGACAAACCUCUGCACCUGGAGGCCUCUCUGGACAAAGAGAUUUAUUACCAUGGGGAGCCGAUCAGCGUUAACGUCCACGUCACCAACAACACCAACAAGACCGUAAAGAAGAUGAAGAUCUCAGUGCGACAGCACGCAGACAUCUGCCUGUUCAACACGGCGCAGUAUAAAUGUCCGGUGGCCACCGAGGAGUCAGAUGACGUCGUCGCUCCCAGUUCGACUUUCUGCAAGGUUUUUACUCUCACUCCGUUUCUGGCAAACAACCGAGAGAAACGAGGCCUCGCUCUAGACGGAAAACUGAAGCACGAGGACACCAACUUGGCCUCCAGCACACUGUUAAGAGAAGGAGCCAAUAAGGAGAUCCUCGGCAUCAUAGUGUCGUACAAAGUCAAAGUGAAGCUGGUUGUGUCUCGAGGCGGGCUCCUGGGAGAUCUGGCGGCGAGCGACGUCUCCGUUGAGCUGCCGUUCACGUUGAUGCACCCGAAGCCGCUGGAAGAAUCCUUCUACAGAGACGCUCCAGAUGAAGCUCCCAUCGACACAAACCUGAUCCAGUUUGACACAAACGACGAUGACAUCAUCUUUGAAGACUUUGCCCGCCAGCGGCUGAUAGGCGGAGCGCCGGACGACAAGGACGAAGACGAGGAGCCGGUGGACUCGCCCAAACUCGACGACAGAUAAAACCUUUUGAGCGCUGCCGUUCCGGACACCUUUCAACGCUCGGCGGUGCCGUGUUUGUGUUCUCGUUCAUGUUCGUCCUCUGCGUCCUGCCGGGGUGUAUAAAGCUAGAAUACCGCAUCGUUUUCAGACGGAGCAGCUCUCCACUCCUUCGCCCGCGCGCCGGAGACUUGAACCGGCGACCGCGGGCGUCGUAACGACGGCUGGUAGCAUGCCUCUAAUGUCACUUUGUUGUACGUGUUUCCAUUAGGGACCGAGCAGGAGUAACGUUGUGUUGAGAUUAGUUUUCGAUGUGUCAGUCAGAGGGUCUUUAUAAACAACAACACCGGAACAGUUCAGCGUUCGAAGCCGCAGCGUGGACGCCGGCUGACCGAGGUCUUUGUCGAAGGUCAGUCUGCGCGAAGACAAAGAAGACGUCCCGAAAGAGAGAGCCACCAAUCAGCUGAGAGCAACUGGUGGCCCCGUUUGCAUGAAAUCCAUCUUUAUAUGAUUUAUUAAUGUCAUGGAUAUUCAAUCUUUGUAGAGGACAGCUGUGAUUUUAAAGAAGCACACAAACGUUUGAUUUUGUGUUGAGAAUUUAACUGCUGCUGGUUUCGCUUCACUUCUGUAAAAAUCUGCUUUCAGAGUUCAACCUCUAUGCUUUCUGAUGAGAUGUGUGCACAAAACUCAAAUCAUGUCUCUCAAUCAAACAUUUUAGACAAAGUUGAAAACAUUAUUAUGUAUAUUUCUCAAAGUCAGGAUACUACAUAAUAGGAAGCAUCCAACCAGGAUGUUACACAUCACAUAGCUGCACAACAAAGCUAGCCAUACACAGACCGACUCACCAUUUGAAAAGCCUAAACAGUAAGCCGCAAUCAUGCCCAAUUACCACGGUGCCAGAAAACACUACAACGCCUAAUUAACGCACGCGACGCAGCGGCCCAAAGACGUGCCACGAAAACACCACGACGCCUAAUUAA